AUGUGUGAUAACGACAACGAUUCGAAUGUCACUAUGGGAAAGAUUUCUCGCGAUCAUGGAAAGUCCAUCGUUGAACUUCUAUUAGGCAUUCAAAAAAGUCAAAUAGAACAGAAAAAGUUUUUGCCCUUUGUCAAAAAUCUGGAAUGUCUAGCACUAAAUAAAUAUCCGCGCACUCAUUUAUCUCGUCAAACGAUUAAUGCGUUCAACAACCCAAAAUAUGUCGCUUUAUCGUAUACGUGGGAUGCGUCUGAGUAUGAAGACCCUACUUCCGGUGGCUACCAAGUUCAGACGGCAGACGAAAACAUGAAGACCGUCCAACCUUCCAAAGUCAGAGAUUGCAUUUUCGAUCGCAUCACCAAGUAUAUGCGGCAAUCCAGGAUCGAACUGCUGUGGAUAGAUCAACACAGUCUGCAGCAAGCUAUUUGUGAGCGAGCACGUUGCGACCACAUUGAGUGCUACCGAAACCGUCAAGGAAUAGAGACUAUAGACCUUGUUUACAAAUUGAGUUCACACCCUGUCGCUUUACUCACGACUCGUAUUAAAUUUGUCAGCGACCUAAAGAUUCUUGUAAGAAUACUUCGCGGUGAUCUGGUAAAAUACAAUAAGUCGAAGUUCUCAUUUCAGCUAUCAGGAAAGACACAUCUUCAAGAGGCGAGGAGGGCCUUGAGGUUGUUGAGAAGGUUGACGGAAGACAGUUGGUGGAAAAGAGGAUGGAUAUUCCAGGAAGGUUACCGUGCCGGAUGGGGGUUACGUCUUCUUGUUCCCCAUUCUUCCAACUUGCAACGUUACAAAGUGUCCUAUGGCGCCACAAUCUUCGAUGAUAUACCUGACGAGCUCUGCAUCGAUGCUACUGAAUUCUCAUACGAGGCUACCCGGCUCUGUUUAGCCUUCAAGGCAAUGGACUCUUUACCGCCUGAAGACAGGCAGGCGAUAAGCCGGAUUCUUGAAACUGCCGAGAGGUACACACUACUAUUGGAAAAGAACAUAUCUAUGUCGCCAACAAUCUUCGCAGGUAUCAGCAAACGGAAUCUGAAGCGACACUGGGAUCAGCUGGCAAUAGCGGCAAACUGCUGUCAGUACUCUACGCGCCUUGACGUUGAGAGGCUGAGCGACAAACGGAAUAGCUUCAGUCUCUCCAGAUUGGCAUUGUUUUUGCUAAAUGGGGAGUUACUGUGUAACGACAGCCUUGUACAACAUGCAUCACGGAUGAAGGUGUUGGAUUUUAUUGCUUCGCAGUCUUUUAAAAGGUUUUCUGCCCCCUGGAACCAUCCGAGCCUAUCCUUCAACAAAGGUUGUCGUCUUACUCACGUCAAACUCACGCGCCAUGGCAUAUUGACAAAGGGGCAUUUGUGGCGCCUUGGGGAGACAAUUCACGCGUCUUCCAUCAAACGCCGAUCUUCUUGGGUUGAUGACCCGAACGGAAUACUGGAUCUUCCUAUUCGCAAAUUGCUCACUCAGCUUGCAAAUACGCUCGAAGAUCUCAGACAUGGCCUCGCGAUUGACAUUCGGAACUACCUCGACCGUGACGCGGCUAGUGCAGGUUAUCCAGAUUACCGAGAUAAUUUUACGGCCUUUUAUAUGAGACAAAUGGCUGCAGAGCUCGCUGACGCGAUUCACCUUGGCAAGACUUUGAGAUUAGCUUCCAAGUGGGAGCCCUCACGGCGGCGUCCUCGUUAUCGGGCAAUAUUCAUCUGUCAAGACGAAAUGUAUGAGGGGCUGAAGACAAACCGUUUAGGUGGGCGAUGCAGGGUUCCUCUAGAUAAAUCAUCUCUGGCCUUUACAGCGUUUUCUGCUAGAAGGCAAAAUACUACCAAGUACGGAGCUAACGAUCUAGAUCGCCACGUAUCGCUGGAGGUAAAUCUGGUGGAUUCUGUUAAUGGAACUAAACCCUCACCUCCUUGCCUAAAACUCAAGUCUUGGAUUCACGGAUUGUGUUUUUUUGAAAAUGUUGAGAGGACUCAAGUUCUCCUCCCGUGGCCUCCUGGGUUCGAACAAAUCACAGAUUAG